UUUCGGUUUGACAAAAAAUCUAAGAAACAGACGAAAAGACGAUGGACGGAAGAGUCAACGCUCUUUCAAACCUAAACGACCUAGAAGUAUACAACUUCUUGGUCGAUCCAAACUUCGAUCAGUUCAUUAAUUUCAUCAGAGGAGAUGAUCAAGCCAUCGAAAACCCACCUCUCGAUUUCGAUCUUGGUGGUCGUCCUUUACAAAACAACUCAUGUUUCAUCGACCAAAACCAGUUUGUCCCAACACCUGUCGUUGACCUGUUCAACGAACUGCCUGACCUUGGUUCCAAUGUCACCGAGUCGUUCCAUAGCUUCGAGGGCGAGAGUGUCAAACCUGGCGGUGACGAUGACGACUACAACGACGGAGACGAUUCUUCGGCCACGACAACGAAUAAUGAUGGAAGCCGUAAAACGAAGACGGAUCGGUCGAGGACUUUGAUCUCCGAGAGAAGGAGGAGAAGUCGUAUGAAGGAUAAGCUCUACGCAUUGAGAUCUCUUGUUCCCAACAUUACUAAGAUGGAUAAAGCAUCCAUUGUGGGAGAUGCCGUGUUGUAUGUUCAAGAAUUGCAAUCACAAGCCAAGAAACUCAAAGCCGAUAUCGCAGGCCUUGAAGCUUCUUUAAACUCUACUGGAGGGUACCAAGAACCUGCACCAGACGCUCGCAAGACUCAAACUUUUCAGAGUAUUAAGUCUCCUUCCAAGAAUAUCAUUGAGAUGGAUGUUAUUCAAGUGGAAGAGAAAGGAUUCUAUGUGAGGUUGGUGUGUAAUAAAGGAGUAGGUGUUGCUCCAUCACUCUACAAGUCUUUGGAGUCUCUUAGAAGCUUCCAAGUGCAAAACUCCAACCUAAGUUCUCCUUCUCCUGACAGAUACCUUUUAACAUAUGCUUUAGAUGGGACAUGUUUCGAACAGAGCUUGAACUUGCCUAACCUGAAGCUGUGGAUCACUGGAUCACUUCUAAACCAAGGCUUUGAAUUCCUCAAACCAUUCACUUGAUUUUGUCAGAGUGUAAUGCGAUGUUCCAAUCUAAUUCAACCUCCGUUAUGCAUCCAUUGGUUGUCUUGCUUUCUGUAUGUUUUAUAACUACCAGGGAUCUAAAGUUAAUUCUAUAUGGGAUGACAUCUUGUUAUAGAUCUCAUUCAGCGAAGAAAUGUUUAGUUAAAAUGGACGUACUUUUUACAUUUUUGUUUAUAGACUCAAGUUUUUUGUUCA